AUUUUGAGUCUUGUUCCGUCUAAAAUGAUUGUCAUGUUCCAAUCGUGGCUAAAAUGAAUUAAUGAAUGAAAAGAAGAAGAGGUGGAUUAACUAAAUAUACCGAUCGGGCCGCCUAAAAUUAACAAAUACCUCUCUAAAUAUAGCCAAAUCACACAAACAUUAGUAAGCAAAAUAACAUAUCACCAAAUUGUUUAAUCAAUUGAUUCUUCCCAACCCCAACCUAACCUAACCUCUCUUUUCUCCCAUUCCCACAUUCAUUCAUCUCAAACAAAACGAAAAAAAAAAUUGAAUUAUCGUAUCUUUUAUUUUUUAUUACUCAAUGGGUUUGAAAUCAUUAUUCAACCGUCCCAAGGACAUGAUCCCAUCGGCAUCUUCAACACCUUCCCGAUCCACGUCACUCUCCGUGCAUUCACGCGCCCGUCUCGCCGGUGAACUCGAACAAGUCUUCAAAAAAUUCGACGUCAACGGCGACGGCAAGAUCUCCGCAUCGGAACUCGGAUCCAUUAUGGGAAGCUUAGGUCAACCCGCAACAGAACAAGAACUCGACAACAUGAUCCGCGAAGUCGACGGCGACGGCGACGGAUGCAUCAGUUUACAAGAAUUCAUUGAACUCAACACCAAAGGCGUUGAUUCCGAUGAGAUUUUGGAGAAUCUGAAGGACGCUUUUGCAGUAUUUGAUAUGGACGGUAACGGUUCUAUUACUGCGGAAGAACUUAAUACGGUGAUGAGAAGUCUCGGUGAAGAGUGCUCGUUGGCUGAGUGCCGGAGAAUGAUCGGCGGCGUUGAUAGCGACGGUGAUGGAAUGAUUGAUUUUGAGGAGUUUAGGAUGAUGAUGAUGAUGGGUUCUCGUCAUGAUACAACUGAUAGGGUUAAACCUGAACCUAUGGAAUGAAACUCAUUCGCCUCUUUCUUUUUUAUGCCUUUAUUUCCUAUUCCCAAAAAUCAUAGUCAUUUUUUUUUUUUUGCUUUCAUAAUUUUCUUUUGUCUAUAGAAUGGAAAACAUGCUAAAUUUUCACGAUAUUAUUUGAUAAUUUAAAUUCUUGUAGUAGAUUUCAUCACGAGUUUUCAUUUUA